CCGCCCCGAGGGCGCCCCGCACUCACCGAGCCCCAGGCAGGAGACCCGCAGGCCGGACUUGCCCAGGUUCCUGAAAGACAAACGCUCCCACAGCCGGCCCGACGGCAGACACGCUCAUGACAGGCUGCCCAGGCUCUGUCACAGGGCCACUGAGGCGUCCCCCCACGGCUGCUCCCCAGAGUCCACAGCAAGGGGCCUCAGGCCGUCGUCAGCAUCCUUGGGAGGUGGUCCAGGACCGGCGUGGCCACCUGUCGGGGCAGCAUAGGCCCGGCAGCCGCAGGCAUCUCGUCACCAGACCCCCCCACACCUCUGUGCACGGGCACUGUGCGCGUGUCGGUGCUGAGUCCCACGUCGUGGAGGAGCUGGGGUCCCAGCCAGGUAGCUGGCUCCCACUCACAUGCCUCACGGAGGUGGCACCCCACCCCGUCCUGUUUAGGGGGACCCAGGGCGUGAUCUGCCCAGAUGGUGCAGUUGACAAGUGGCUGCUGGCCUCAGUUUCCCUGGUUACCAGACCCCUGGCCCUCACCUAUAUACGAGUGAAUACAGUACUUGUAAGCGGUUUGAAAACAGCUGAAUGUGUCACCAAAUUGAAGCGCGGAACUGAAUGCCACAAGGUGCUGCACGCUCAGCGGGAUGGAGCAGUUCAGCAGCUGACAGCUUGGUGGCAUCUAGAAAUGACCUCCAACACCCUCAUGCCUGUCACUAUGCUCCUCACGGAGGUGCUGAGAGCCAGGGCCCGCUGGGGCUGCUGCUGGAUCUCGGGGUGUGACUGA